GAGGAGAAUGACAUAAAGUCAAAUCCAUUUCUAACAUGGCAAGUUUAAGGUUCUUUGUCUGUUUCUUUCUUCUUUGUGCAAGUUCUCUCACCCUCGUAUACAGCCGUAGUCCGCCAAAAAACCAUGUCGCCUUGUUCAUCUUGGGGGAUUCACUGUUUGAUCCUGGAAAUAAUAACUACAUUAACACGAUUGCUCGGGCAAAUUAUUGGCCAUAUGGAGAAACCUUUUUCAAAUACCCCACUGGGAGAUUUUCUGAUGGGCGUAUAAUUCCAGACUUCAUUGCUGAGUAUGCAAACUUACCAUUAAUUCCACCAUAUCUUCAACCUGGAAAUCAUCAAUUUAUUUAUGGGGUCAAUUUUGCCUCGGAUGGAGCUGGUGCUUUAGCUGAAAGUAAUCAAGGAUUGGUGAUAGAUUUGAAAACUCAGUUAAGUAAUUUCAAAAAUGUGACAAAGCUGUUGGGGAAGAAACUAGGCGAUGCGCAAGCCAAGACCUUGUUCUCCAAAGCUGUUUACUUAAUUAACAUUGGAGGCAAUGAUUACAUGUCCCCUUUCACCACAAACUCCAGUGUUUUACAAUCCUUGUCCAAAGAAGAAUAUGCGGGAAUGGUGAUUGGCAAUCUAACAGAUACUAUAAAAGAAAUAUAUAAGAAAGGAGGAAGGAAAUUUGGGUUACUCAACUUGGGGCCAUUGGGUUGUGCGCCGAUAAUGAAAGUAUUUGUACCGGGAAAUACAGGUUCCUGCUUUGAGGAAGCAACCGAACUAGCAAAAGUCCACAAUGCUGCUCUUUCUAAAGCCCUGCAGGAGCUGAAGAUCAAACUAGAAGGAUUUAAAUAUGCAAAGCAUGAUUUUAAUAUUUCUUCUAGUGAAAGAUUGAAUAAUCCUGAAAAAUAUGGUUUCAAGGAGGCAGAGAUUGCAUGUUGUGGGAGCGGUCCAUACAGAGGAAUUUUCAGCUGCGGAGGAAAGAGGGGUGUGACAGACUAUGAAUUAUGUGCAGAUCCUAGUGAAUAUUUGUUCUUUGACGCUAGUCAUAUCUCUGACAAGGCCAAUAAGCAGAUUGCGGAGCUGAUGUGGAGGGGAACACCCAAUAUAACGGGGCCUUACAAUCUCGAAGCACUAUUUGAAGCAUGAUCAUUAAUUUCAAUGUCAUUUGUUUGUUGUCUAAGUAAGGAAUUAAUAAAUAAAUAUGAUUAUACUGAUAGUAGUGCAACCUAAUAAGCCUUCCAAAGAGUGCCAAGACGUGAAACUUUCCAGAAUUUUAUGUAUGUGUUUCUACGCAAUUGAUUUGAAUAAAAUCACAUGUUAGAUUUUGUACAA